CUCCGUCACCUCCCGUGUCUACCAGGUGUCCCGCACCUCGGCCGUCCCCACCCUGUCCAGCUUCCGCACCACCCGUGUGACGCCUCUGCGCUCCUACCAAAGUGCCUACCAAGGUGCUGGCGAGCUGCUGGACUUCAGCCUGGCCGAUGCCAUGAACCAGGAGUUCCUCCAGACCCGCACCAACGAGAAGGUGGAGCUGCAGGAGCUCAACGACCGCUUCGCCAACUACAUCGAGAAGGUGCGCUUCUUGGAGCAGCAGAAUGCCCUCAUGGUGGCCGAGGUGAACCGCCUGCGGGGCAAGGAGCCCACCCGCGUGGCUGAGAUGUACGAGGAGGAGCUGCGGGAGCUCCGGCGUCAGGUGGACCUGCUCACCAACCAGCGGGCUCGUGUUGAGGUCGAGCGUGACAACCUGCUCGAUGACCUGCAGAAGCUCAAGCAGAGGCUGCAAGAGGAGAUCCAGCUGAAAGAGGAGGCUGAGAACAACUUGGCUGCUUUCAGAGCUGACGUGGACGCGGCCACGCUGGCACGCAUCGACCUGGAGAGGCGCAUCGAGUCCCUGCAGGAGGAGAUUGCCUUCCUCAAGAAGGUGCACGAAGAGGAAAUCCGGGAGCUGCAGGCUCAGCUGCAGGAGCAGCACAUCCAGGUGGAGAUGGACAUCUCCAAGCCCGACCUGACGGCUGCGCUGAGGGACAUCCGUGCCCAGUACGAGAGCAUCGCUGCCAAGAACAUCGCCGAGGCCGAGGAGUGGUACAAGUCCAAGGUGUCUGACCUGACACAAGCGGCCAACAAGAACAAUGACGCACUGCGACAGGCAAAACAGGAGAUGCUGGAGUACCGGCACCAGAUCCAGUCCUACACCUGCGAGAUCGAUGCCCUCAAGGGCACGAACGACUCGCUGAUGCGCCAGAUGCGGGAGAUGGAGGAGCGCUUCGCAGGCGAGGCCGGCGGCUACCAGGACACCAUCACCCGGCUGGAGGAGGAGAUCCGGCACCUGAAGGAUGAGAUGGCCCGGCACCUGCGCGAGUACCAGGACCUGCUCAAUGUCAAGAUGGCCCUGGACGUGGAGAUCGCCACAUACCGCAAGCUGCUGGAGGGCGAGGAGAGCCGGAUCAGCAUCCCCAUGCACCAGACCUUUGCCUCUGCACUCAAUUUCCGAGAGACCAGCCCAGAGCAGCGUGGCUCCGAGGUGCACACCAAAAAGACCGUGAUGAUCAAAACCAUCGAAACCCGCGACGGCGAGGUGGUGAGCGAGGCGACCCAGCAGCAGCAUGAAGUGCUGUAGAGGAGGCUGCUCUGGCAGCCCACCGGCACCUUC